GACUUCUUAUCUCUACUAUGCUCUGCUCAAAGUAUACACUCACCAGCGCACGCCACAUCAAAAUUCAAAUCAAAUUCCUCUUUCUUCUCUGAUCAUUUCCUUCCAUGGCGGACUCCAAUACCCAGAUUGCCCCCGAAACCCUCAUCGACGGCAACAUCCUUGUCGCCAAAUCUUUCGCUCGCUGUGGCGUCACUCACAUGUUUGGCGUCGUGGGAAUCCCCGUCACUUCCCUUGCCAACCGUGCUGUCUCCCUUGGAAUCCGUUUCUUGGCCUUCCACAAUGAGCAGUCCGCUGGCUAUGCCGCCUCCGCCUACGGUUACCUCACUGGUCGACCUGGCUUGCUUCUUACUGUUUCUGGUCCCGGUUGUGUCCAUGGGCUCGCUGGAUUGUCUAAUGCUAUGGCCAAUGCCUGGCCGAUGGUGAUGAUCUCCGGCUCCUGUGACCAAAAGGAUGCUGGUCGGGGAGACUUUCAAGAGCUUGAUCAGAUAGAGGCUGUGAAACCUUUCUCCAAGUUCUCAGUAAAAGCUAAAGAUAUUAAGGAUAUACCUAACUGUGUUGUUCAGGUUAUUGAUCAGGCGGUUUCCGGUCGCCCGGGGGGAUGCUAUUUGGAUCUUCCAUCUGAUGUUUUGCAUCAAACUGUAACAGAACCCGAGGCAGAGAGUUUGGUAACUGCUGCUUUUAAUUCUUCAAAAUCGAAAUCAGUUGCAAAUGGUAGUGAGGUUCCCACCUCAGAAAUUGAAGGAGCCGUGGAGUUGCUUAGAAAAGCAGAGAGGCCUCUAAUUGUGUUUGGAAAAGGGGCUGCCUAUGCGCGAGCAGAGAAUGAACUGAGGAAACUAGUAGAAACCACUGGAAUCCCUUUCUUGCCUACGCCAAUGGGAAAAGGCUUGUUGCCUGAUACCCAUGAGCUUGCAGCAAGUGCAGCGAGGUCGCUUGCUAUCGGUAAAUGUGAUGUCGCGCUUGUAGUUGGUGCUAGGCUUAAUUGGCUGUUGCACUUUGGAGAGCCCCCCAAGUGGUCUAAGGAUGUGAAAUUUAUAUUGGUGGACAUUUGUAAGGAUGAGAUUGAGCUAAGGAAACCCCAUUUGGGAUUGGUCGGGGAUGCAAAGAAGGUGUUGGAAUUGACCAAUAAGGAGAUCAAGGACGAUCCUUUUUGCUUGGCGAAGACUCAUCCGUGGGUGGAGGCGAUUUCCAAGAAAGCAAAGGAGAAUGUGUCUAGAAUGGAGGCUCAAUUAGCGAAAGAUGUUGUGCCAUUUAAUUUCUUGACGCCUAUGAGGAUUAUUAGAGAUGCUAUUUUGGGUGUGAGUAGUCCUGCUCCAAUUGUGGUGUCAGAGGGGGCUAAUACUAUGGAUGUUGGGAGAGCUGUAUUGAUUCAGACAGAGCCCAGAAGUAGGUUGGAUGCUGGCACUUGGGGAACAAUGGGGGUGGGGUUGGGUUACUGCAUUGCAGCUGCAGUAGCUGAGCCUGAUCGACUGGUAGUUGCAGUUGAAGGUGACUCUGGAUUUGGGUUUAGUGCCAUGGAAGUGGAGACGUUGGUUCGGUACCAGUUACCUGUGGUUGUGAUAGUUUUUAAUAAUGGUGGUGUGUAUGGCGGUGAUAGGAGGAGCCCUGAAGAAAUAACAGGACCUCUCAAAGGUGAUCCAGCACCCACUUCUUUUGUCCCCAGCGCUGCAUAUCAUAUUCUUAUUGAAGCUUUUGGGGGCAAAGGUUAUCUAGUUGAGACACCUGAUGAACUUAAGUCUGCCCUUGCUGAAGCUUUUUCUGCAAGAAAGCCAACUGUAAUAAAUGUUGUCAUCGAUCCUUAUGCCGGCGCAGAGAGUGGGAGGCUGCAGCAUAAGAACUAAGGUAGACUGAACCUGUACCCGUCUCUGUGUUAUUACCUGUUCAUUUGUCGCUGGGGCCAAGCUGCUACUGUAAUAGUUACUGCUUACUCAAAAUACAGGCAUGCAUGCAUGUAGAAGAAGUAUAUUUUGUGAGCCACAUUGUGUUUUGUAGUUUUCUCAUACAAAUUCAUAAUACCAUAAUAGAAUUUGGUGCAA